UGCCGGCCCCCGCUCCUCCACAAAAGUGGGGAUACGCAAGCUUUCAUAACAAAACAAACCACAAACUUGCAUCCGUAGGAUGGACGCGUGUGCUCGAAUUAAACAUGACGUUUAAAUAAUAAAGAAACUAACACGUUUUCUCGUAACCUAACCCCAGUUCGUCAAUCCAGAGAACAAGAAACAUGGAUCGCGAGGGUUUCAUCCGUUGUGCGCAUGUGCAUGACAACACUGACAGUUUAACGUGUUUUCCAAUAGUGAGCGUCCUAAUUCGGCCGGGUAAUAUGUGCUGCGAAGGAUUAUGAACCGUGUGUGCGUGUAGGAAGUUUGAAAAUUGCUUUUCAAGUGGUGAAGAUUGGAAAAUUAAGGAAAAUGAGCGAUGCAAUUAGGCUUCUGAAAUCUGACUAGUCUGAUCAUGUGGCGACAAAGAUGCCUCGAUGUAUCCAGAUGCGUAGGCGAUUUCAAUCGUAUUUGAGACAAAUGCAAUCGAUUAGAUUCUUUCUUCUCAUCACAUGUAUCAGUUUAACGUUCUCCGUGAUAUGGAUCCAGUUAGUAGAAAAACAAAAGAUAACAUUUUUCAACGAACAUAUGGUUCACGAAGUUAUAAAAAAUGUCGCCCGUGAUUACAGAUAUGCGGAGGUAUACAGAAAGACGGAUAAGCUACCCAGUGGUGUCAAAUACAUCCUCCUCUGGACUCAAUACGAUUUUGCUCCGUUCUACUAUUUUGGGAAUGGCCAAAAGGCUUUCGUGGACAAAAACUGCUCUGUGAUUAACUGUUAUGUUACGACUGACAGGGAUUAUUUCAACGGCGACACAACAAAGUUUGAUUUUAUAUUCUUCAAUGGACGGAAUAUUAAUCCACUGACUAAAUCAGAUCUUCCGUUAAACCGUUCGACACAUCAAAAGUAUAUAUACUUCAACAUGGAGUCGGCCGACAAUAUUCCAGUUUGCAACAAAAUAUAUGAUGAUUUCUUUAACGUAACAGCCACUUAUAGACUUGAUUCUGAUAUACCAAUUCCAUAUGUCCAAGUUAAAAAUACACAUGGAAAAGUGGUCGGACCAAAUAUAGAAAUGGACUGGAUUUUAGGUGGUGCUGUGACAGAUGAAGAGUUAGCAAUGAGACUGAAAAAUAAAACUAAGGCAGUUGCUUGGUUUGUUUCGAAUUGUAAAAGUAGAAAUAACCGUCGCGAAUAUGUUAAUAGUUUACAGAAGGCUUUAGACCCCUACGGUUUGAGCAUAGACAUAUACGGUAAAUGUGGGCCGCUAACUUGUCCAAGAAAACAGAAGAACUGUAGCACAAUUUUAGAUAGGGAUUAUUUCUUCUAUCUCUCAUUCGAGAAUUCUUUUUCGGAGGAUUAUGUUACCGAGAAGCUGAUAACAGCGAUGCAGCACGACGUUGUCCCAAUAGUUUAUGGCGGUGCUGAUUAUUCCAGGUUCCUUCCUCCGGGAUCGUAUAUAAACGCUCGAGAUACCACGCCCAACGAGUUGGCAGUUACCAUUGUCGAACUCAUGAAAUCUUACCAGAAGUACAGCAGGUUCUUCGGUUGGAAAUCUUACUACACCUUUCGUGAUCCGUCCAAUAAUGAUAACGUGUGUGCAGUUUGUGAAGCGCUCAAUGAGGAGUCGAUGGAAAAACCAAAAUAUUACAAACAAUUCCGUAGUUGGUGGUUACCGAACUUUGGUGAGAGGUGUAGAUGACAUAAACAGAGACGCUGCGAUAGCUGUAAUGAAAUUAGUCUUUUACAUAUAGAUUUACAAAUGGAAAAGUUAACUCCAAGAGGCUAAGGUUUUAACGAGCCAAAUCUAUGUAAUCCUUAAUAUUAAGUCUGAAGCCUGAAGCCUGAAGCUAAUAAUCAGUUAAAUGCAAAAUCUUCACAUUUCAGAUUUAAUAGUUUCCUUAUCUACAGGAAUGAGUAGAAAACUGAUAGUACAGCUAAAUUAAAUCUGUUAUUUAAAGAUUACAUUUAGAAGUGUUAUCUUUUCUACUCAAUCCUGUGUCGAUAGCUUUAACUUUUUUGCUUGAUCUGAAGAUUUUGGAUUAGACUUUUUCUAUAAAAAAAGUUUCAAUUAUGGCAUGGAGAUCGAUUUGUCGGUAUAAUUAGAUCUGUCAUCGAUUUAAAUUCUUUGAUUAACAAUACGUUAUUGUUAACACUUGGAUGGUGGAUGCUGAAAUUCGUUAACACUUCAACAAACAUAGGUAAAAUAUAUAUCAGUAGUACAAACAUUAUGACGAGUUAUAUGUCGGUACUUUGAAAAUAACUUGUACAACUUGUACUUGUGCAAAUGUUUUGUACUCAGAGUGGUGCUGCUGGUGUCUAGAGCUAGAUACUACUAUUCCCUCUUCUGAUUCACUUUAUUCUGUAUUGCUUGGUGCUGCAUCCGUAUCAUUUUAGACAAGUACUGUUUACUUUAAAAUGGAGCAGAGAUGAGAUGCCAGUUUCAACCGAUCCGUCUAUUCUUUAAUUUUUUAUUUAAUAUACCGAUGAUUAAAUUUUAUAAUUGAUGUACAGGUCACUCUGUUAAGUAACUUAAAGUUUACUCUUAAAUGAUUUUAAGUUGGUGCUGAUACACUCAAUGGUGCUAAUUCAGUUGUACCGGCACAAAUCUCUAAACUAAACGAAAUUGAUGGGACUAAAGAUACUGCUGCCCUUUGAAAAUUUGUCAUUUUUUUUUUUCCUUCGAAUUUUAAUCGAUUUCGAUGGUAAUAAGCGUUAAAGUCCUCUUGCCCGCAGUCGAGCAGCGUACGGUGUCUCUCAUAUUAAGAGAGAGGAGACCUGUACCCAACAUCGGAACAAUAACAAAAAAAAAAAUUAAAACGGUUUUAAUUUUUUCGGUAGAGUUUUUUGUGCCCUUUAAAGAUGAUAGUCUAAUUAAGCGCGAGCGAAUGAAAAAAAAAACAAUGAUUUUUUAACAGUUGAAAUUAUUUUAAUAGAUGAAGAAGUAGCUUUUGAGUUAAUCCAUCACAAACAAAUGUAAUAUUAGUAAGACUAGAUCUGUUAAUUUAGUUUUGUUGAGAGAUUUGUGUACAGCACCAGUUAUAUGUCUUAUUAUUAGAUUGGAGAAAAUCCAAAAUUUUUCUUUUCUUAAAAGUAAAUCAAGUAAGACGAUAUAAGUUGCUAAGGUUAUUUUCUAUAAAGUCCUUUUUUUAAUAAAUUUAAUAAUUAUUUCUUUAUGUACGUACUUAAUGAACAUUGUUGAAUGUUGAAUUUACAUAAACUUAGAUUGAGUAGAAUAUUGUUUAUUACGUACUUACAAAUGACCUAGAAUUAAUAAAAUGUAAAUAGUACUUAAUAUAGUAUGCCCAAUUAAAAAAAUUCCAAGUAUUCCAAAAACUCCAUACCAUCGCUGAAAUACAUAUAAAGUGGACAACGGGAAAUCAAAUCCUAGUCGUAGAUCUUGAGAUCAAAAAAUAUACAAUAAAAUUUCAUAUUCUACCAUUACAUCGAUACCAAAGCGAUUUAACCUUGGGUAGGUUAUUGCCUAGAGUAUGUGACAGAGCAAGUCCGCGGAAGUACCCUCACCAUGCUUAUUCUUGCUACCAAACAGCGUUGUAGUAUUCCGGUUGUAAGGGCAUGGUGCCGGUGUGGUUACAGUCACAUGAGGCUUAACACCUAUGCCUCGGUUCGACAGACAAAGGGUGGGCAAUUUAUAAGUCGCGUUCCUUGCAUGCCCAGCGAAGAGUUGCUCUUUUUAACUGUGUAUCCACUGUGGACCAUGCUUGGUCCGUCAAUUAGUUAUUACUAUGAAAUCAGUUCUUGAAUUUUUUAUAAUAGUAAUAAUGAAAAAUCUGGUUCGGGACCUAAGGUGCUUGAAUGGCGACCCCGCAACAGUAAAUGCACAAGCGAGUCGCUGAAAGCCGCUGGAAACAUUGACCUCGGAUUUUGCUAUUCCUAUAUCUAGCAGAGGACCUCAUUGAAGAUGAUGAUGAUGAUGAUGACGAUAGUAAUAAUUGAUGAUGAGAUGUAAAACUUUUCUGACAAAACUUUUUCCAGAGAUCAAUGCUUUUAGACAAAUAACUGUACAAAGAUUUCAUAAAUAAAUACAAAGUUAUAACUAUUAUCAGCUGUAUUCACGUUUAAGGUUAAAUGGCAUCAGCAAAAAGGUUAUGGUCCAAGAUAAUAUUCAAACAGUAAUUCACACAUGCUAUAACGCAUUUAAUACCCGUGUAAAAUUCAAGUUAUUAAAAUUAGGGUUGUCCAUUUUAUAGGCUACUUUAACAUGAAAACUGAAAUAAUACAGACAUGAAUUUAAAUUCAAAUUCAAAGUUUAUUUAUUUCAAGUUUAGGUUUUCUAUAGGUAGGUUUCUUGUGAAAGGUGAAAGCGGAGCCAGAUCCUUCGAAGGAACCUUCUAAUUAAGAAAUUCAUCAAUUGUAUAGUAGCCUCACUGUUUUAUAUUUAUGUUUUAACACAUUGUUUAAACGUUUGCAUUCAUCUUCAUCAUCA